AUGGCCCUCAACAGUUUUAUCACGGCCCUCCUCGUCUUCGCGUCGUCGACGGCCGCGAAUCCCGCGUCGUCGACGGCCGCGAAUCCCGCGUCGUCGACGGCCGCGAAUCCCGCGGCUGAUUUGAAGCAGCGCAUCGCCGCCGCCGAAGAAGCCCUCCGCGGCAAGGUCGCCAAGACGAACGUCGCGACACGCGGCCGGGCGCCGGCCGAGGCGCGCGCGCCCCUCCGCAAGUCCCGCCUCGGCGGUGUGGUCCCGGUGGGCACCGAGGAUUGCUCGGCCCACAAGUUCACGGACUCCUGCUACGGUGGCGACCAGGGCACCUGUAGUGCCACGUGCGGCGCGGACCAGUUUACCACGGAGGCGGGCGAGUGCGCCUUGUGCCCCGAUGAGGCCUCGGGCUGCCUCGGAGGCGUGCCCGAGAUCGAGGGCGCUCCCGACGUUAUCGACUGUCUGGCGUGCUGCUUUCCCGGCGACCCCCCGUUCACGCUGCCGGGACCCUGCGCGUCCUGCGGCAUCAGCGACAAUGCCUCCCACGUUACUGAUAUGAUCGACUGUCUGACGUGCGAGGAGGGCUACGAGAUAGUCCCCGUCCACGACGACUGCACGGGCUUUUGCGUCGCGUCAGGGGCGUCGGUCGACUAUUUCAAGAGCCUCGGCUUCGGCGACCUCGCGACGUCGACGUGCACGGCCUACCUCGACUGCUACGACGACGAAGAGCGCGCGGCCAUCGAGAGCCUCCCGACCGACGGCGCCGCGCCGCGUCCUCCCGCGAGCUUGUGUUCAUUUUCACUCGUGUACAUGUAGGUACGAACGACUUCCUACCCGGCGAAGGCGGCGACGGCUCCUACUCCUACUCGUACGGCAUCGUCGACUUCUGCACGGACGACACCGGGUUCCUCGAUUGCAUCGGGGCGGCCUUGCUCUCGGGCGAGGUGACGGGCGACGAGGUGGACGCCGCCUUUGAUGCCAUCAGCGGCUUCGAGGACGACGGCUGGUCGGCGGACACCUGCGCGGAGUUUCAGCAAGAACCUAAUCUCGCGGAGCAAUGCGGCUCGUGGACCCUGGGUGUUUGCGACGACGAGUACAAGGCGUGGGUCGGCUGCAUCUUCACCACGACGUUCGCGCGGGGCGGGCUCGACUGCCCGAUCGACUGCGACGCCGUGAUCGGCACGCCGUCGCGCCCGUCGACGAUGCCUCCCACGGAGCCGGGAUCGCCGACGCGGCCCCCGACCGGCAACGACUCGGACGGCGCGCUCGGCCUCACGACCACGCUUACGGCGGCGGCGGCGGCCGUCGCAGCCGCGUUCUAG